AUGCAGAUCACCAAGACUCUGGUCGCUACCCUCUUUGCCGCUUCUACCGCCUUUGCGGCUCCCACGCCCGCGGACAAGUCCAUGAUGGCCGCCGUUCCCGAGUGGACAUUCACCAACUUGAAGCGAGUGUGCAACGCCGGCAACACCUCCUGCACCUGGACCUUUGGCGUUGACACCCAUCUCGCCACCGCCACCUCAUGCACAUACACUGUCAAGGCCACUGCCAACGCUUCUCAGGCCAGCGGCGGCCCUGUUACUUGCGGCCCUUACACCAUCACAUCCAGCUGGAGCGGACAGUUUGGCCCUAACAACGGCUUUACCACCUUUGCUGUCACCGACUUCUCCAAGAAGCUCAUCACCUGGCCUGCUUACACCGAUGUCCAAGUUCAGGCCGGCAAGGUUGUUUCGCCCAACCAGAGCUACGCCCCGGCCAACCUGCCAUAA